GACAUAAAGGGCAACGACAACAACUUUCGUGUCUUCGCGAACAAGCAACGAAUCUCAAAUAAUAGAAAGAGAAAAAGAGAGAAAGAAAAGAAUCAGAGCACUUUUCAGCAGAGACUACUCUCAACACACACAGUGUUUACUCGGUUAACAAUCGCAGGGUUCGUGAACAAUGGAGAAAGAUCCAAAGGUGGCAUCGGAAGACCCCAAGGUCGAUUUGUUUGAAGAUGAUGACGAGUUUGAAGAAUUUGAGAUCAACGAAGAGUGGGAUGUGAAAGAAGAAGGAAAAGAAACCACACAGCAAUGGGAAGAUGACUGGGAUGAUGAUGAUGUCAAUGAUGACUUUUCACAGCAGCUAAAGAAAGAGUUGGAGAGCAAUGUUGCAAAGAGCUGAACAUUUGAAAAAUUUAUGUUGCCUUGGUACUUUCCCUUUUCCUUGAUAUUAGUCACACCUUGAUGGUAGCUUGAAAUGUAUCAUACUAUUGCCUCCUUUAUAGAGUGAGAAGCUAUCUACCCAAACUUUGAAUGUUAAUUUUUAGAUAGAGCAAAUUAUCAGAAUUUCUGUGUUGGUGUUUCGUAAGUUCGUAUUGAAAUAAUUGACAGCUCUAAGUAGUCUUUCUUUAGAA